CACACAGUCGCCACUUGAGCGCAUUCCUCGACGAAAGUGGAUGUCCGCGGCGCUCAAGUGAAGCUCUACCGUCCAAGGACGCACAGAGCUCACCCACGGAGAAAGGACACACUUGUGGACUUUAUAUUUUAACUCGGAUGAUAAACACACGCACGACUGAAGUUAAGAGGGGACGGGCGCCCAGAAAUUGAGCAAAGUUGACACCAGAGGACGGACACGUUUUUAUUGGGUUGAAACGGGAUCAGGAGUCUUCAAGAUGAAGGUCUUCCUCACUGCGCUCGUGCUCGCACUCGUCCUUCCCCAAGUCACCCAGUCCAGUGAAUGCCCGAAGGACUGCUCCUGCUCCACACCCGAAUCCAUCUUGUGUUUCCAGAGACGUUCCACAACCAUUCCUAAGGGAGUGCCACCAACCACAAAAAGCCUCUACCUGUUUUCCAACGGAAUCGAGGGACUGUCCACCGAGGACUUUGACGGUUUGGGCAACUUGGAAAUGCUGGAUCUCAGUCAAAACAAACUGAAAGAACUUCCCGAUCGGGUGUUUGAACCCCUUGUUUCUUUGAGGAACCUGGACUUGUCCGCCAACCAAAUCACCCAAAUCUCAGAGGAAUGCUUCCAAGGAAUGCCGCUGCUGGAGCGUCUUUAUUUGUAUAGCAACCACAUCAAAACCAUCCAUCCCGCCGCAUUUGACGCUUUGGAGAACCUACUGGAGCUGAAAUUGCAAGGCAACCUGCUGACGUCUUUGCCCGUUCUCUCAAUGCCCCGCUUGCUGCUGCUGGAUCUUCGUUUCAACACCAUACCUACACUGGGUGCCUCAGACCUCAAAACCCCAAAUCUUGAGUCCCUCAAACUAGGGGGCGUAGGUCUAACUAACCUGAACAAGGAUCUCAUAGACAGUCUGGAGAACCUCCAUGAACUGGACAUCUCAAGGAACCAUCUAACGGUUUUCCCGCCAGUGCUGAAAGAAACUCACGGGCUUAUUUACCUCAACCUGGCUGGCAACCCGAUGGGUCCUCUUAAAUUUCAGGACCUGAAGAACCUCGGGGAGAUGCAGGAGUUGGACAUCAGCAGCUUAAGCCUACAAGGUCUCCCAGAGGAGUUCUCGCAGCUUUUCCCCCACCUGAGGAAGCUGACAGUGGCAGAGAACCCCUUCAACUGCCUCUGCAACCUAGCCUGGUUCCCAAGAUGGCUCCGAGCUCAAAGCAUCACCCUGGAGAGAACAGAAGAAACCCGUUGCCACUUCCCUCCUAUCAAUGCCGGUAAGGUAGUGGAGAGACUAGAGCAUCGGGAUUUUGGAUGUCCUACCACAACCACCGUCACCACGAGCACUGUUAAAACGAACACCGCCAUUCCUGUACAUGUCAGCACCCCAGCAAGUGCUACUACAGCUAAUCCAGCCAACCGGUUUCACGAGGACUCAAAGAGAGACGCCGACUACCCCCAGCCCCCGGUCCCUGCGUCCCCAAGCAGCAGCAGUGUGGACUCGCAUGAGGAACAGCGCUUCUGUCCUUCUAACACUUGCCUCAACGGGGGUACUUGUCGUUUGGACCAGUAUGGUCAAGUAGACUGCACCUGCCCACCUGGAACCUAUGGGUUUUAUUGUGAAAUCCGAAACGACAGUCCACCCUCUCCCCAAGAACCGGACCUGUACAUGACAACCGUCACCCCAAACGCACCAGACAUCAGCUCCCGUCAGGCAACCUCGACGUCAAUCCUGCUCGAUCUCCACCGUUACAUUGAAAUGCGGCCUUACCUUCGCGGAAUCCGCCUCACCUACCGGAACCUCUCCGGUCCUGAUCGCAGGCCGAAUCAGCUCAGCCUCCCGGCAUCAUACCCGGAGUACCGACUCAGAGGUCUGAAGCCUAACUCCACUUAUACCGUAUGCGCAAGUCCGCUUGGCGCCCCGAGCGGCAUCGACAGCGUCUGCACUCAGGCGCGUACAACCGAUGACAAGGACGACAGCGUCACCGGAGCUCAAAUUGUCAACAAAAAAAUGGCCACCAUGCUGGUUCCUGCGGUAGCCAUCUUGAUUCUGCUGGUGUUGAUCGCAACAGCGGUGGGAGUUGUGUGCUACGUCCGCAAGAAGAGAGCUAAAGGUCACCUGGAUCUGGACUGCGAGCCUUCUCAAGUGGAAUUAGAUGGAGUGAAAGCCGGGUUGGGCAACGGAGCACUUCCUCAAAAACAACCCCAGCUCAUGAUCCCGGAACCCGCUGUUCAGAGCGGCAACCUGGAGUACGAAGUCUUGUUACUGCAGGAUCACUGCAUAUCAAGUAAAAACAUGUCACUUCACAAGCCCUCGUACUUUUGACAUCUGGUUUAAGACUAAACAAGCUCUGUGUCCACAACGGACCACAAAAGUCCACUUUGACUUGGACUCACAUGGGCGGUCUUUGCUGGAAUGGCAACCGCUCCAUUCAGGGGUACGCACUACAUUGCUGAAAUGCUCCUAAGUACUGCCCCCAAGGAAUUUAGGAGGUCAUGAAGAUUGCCGACGGGUUACUGUAAGAGUGCAUGAUAAUUAUCAAACCGAUAUGAGGCAACAAUCUGGCAACAUUAAGGCGAGACAGCCUGUAUUGAGAUCAUUUGUAAACAAACAUUCCACAAAUAUUUUUUUUUUAAUCAACUAUGUCUGUUGUGACGGCAGCACGGCGGUCGAGUGGUUAGCGCGCAGACCUCACAGCUAGGAGACCAGGGUUCAAUUCCACCCUCGGCCAUCUCUGUGUGGAGUUUGCAUGUUCUCCCCGUGCAUGCGUGGGUUUUCUCCAGGUACUCCGGUUUCCUCCCACAUUCCAAAAACAUGCUAGGUUAAUUGGCGACUCCAAAUUGUCCAUAGGUAUGAAUGUGAGUGUGAAUGGUUGUUUGUCUAUAUGUGCCCUGUGAUUGGCUGGCGACCAGUCCAGGGUGUACACCGCCUCUCGCCCGAAGACAGCUGGGAUAGGCUCCAGCACCCCCAUGACCCUUGCGAGGAUAAGCGGUAGAAAAUGAAUGAAUGAGUGAAUGUCUGUAACCGAUGAACUGGAUUUACAUGAUCUUAAAUGGGAAAAUUUGCUUUGGUUAGAGUCUGUUUUGGUUUGAGUCGGAUCUUCUGGAAGAGAUGAAUGAUGUUAACCAAGGCACUGCUGUAUUUUCUAAAGAAAAACAGGACAGAAAUUGUAAAAAAUAAAUAAAUAAAAGAAGUAGUAGUCGCAAAUGUUGGGAUUGGCUGGCCACCAGUCCAGGGUGUACACCGCCUCUCGCCCAAAGACAGCUGGGAUAGGCUCCAGCACCCCCGUGACCCUCAUGAGGAAAAAGCGGUAGAAAAUGAAUGAAUGAAUGAAUGAAUGAAUGAAUGUCUGUUGUUAUCUUCAAAAACUCCAUGGCGAUCCCGAGGGUGGGCAGACUAAUGUAGCAAACUUCCAUGUUGAACCCCCCCGCCCCCGUCCCCGUGUCCCCCUCACCAGGGCUGACCUCUUUUGGCACUAACAUGACAAAAUGAUGAUUUUGUAUAUAAGUUUUAUACAUGUUUUUUUUUUCCUGUAUAUUUUUUGUGACAGCGAACAGGUUUCUCCAUCGCCGCCGCCUCUUGUGACUAAUAAACGAAGCAGCACAUUUGAAAUCUUUGAAGAUUAACAAAUGGUUGGGUACCAGCGCAGGCAGAUCAAUCAAAGGGGUUUUUGCCCCCACCGUGUCAGACAGACUAAGUCUGCAAACACUCCAGACUAAAUCCCCUUUUGUAAUAUUUGGAACCCCCCCCCCCAACCGGGGAAUCGGGGUUCCCAGCAGGUACACGGGAAAGCAGUUGACUGAACGCCACAGCUUACAUGAAACACACGCGUGAUCAAAAACUACUUUAUUUAUUAUUUAUUUGCCCUGUAAGGGAAACGCAGUGUACAGUACAGUUUAUCCCUCCAUUACAAUUCCUGUAGGAGCACAUUUUUUUUUUGGGAUAAUACAUCUAAGUAUCAUGCUGGGCAGAAAGAAUGUGAAAUAAUAACUAAACUGUUGCCUGGAGGACAACUUAGAAAGCGGGAACCACUUGAUAGCGCAUCAGUCGUUAAACGACGUUGCGCUGUUAACCUGCCCACGUGUUUCCCGGCUUGGUCGUUAGCUCCCAGAACCCCCCUCCAUCAACACAUCUGUGAAUGUCUAGUACAAACAGUAUUUUAAUAGUCCACAGUCAAAAUACACAAACUAAGUAUUGAGCAUCCAAGUAAAAGAAACUAACCGAGAAGACGGAAAAGCAACACAACUGGAAUAUAUUUCUGUAAAACAGAAUUGAUGAAUAUUGAUGAAUUUUUUUCCAGUUUAUUUUGUGAAGUGCCUUGUCAAUAUUGCUUCUUUUGUAUUAAUUUGUACAAGUCACACAAAAGUGGUAUUAUCAUGAAAUAAAUACAACAAAAAUAA